GCACAUUAGGUGUAAUCAUGUGUAAAGGGAAUAAUAGUGCGAGUCGAAAUCACGAACAGAAAAGUAGGUCAAGUUGCGGAGUUUCAGAAAGAUUUAAUAUAUCGCACCACGGCCAUCUUACACAGAUUUAUUUAAAACAUGGAGAAGCAACAGACCAUCAAUUUUGGAGCUGGACCGGCUAAACUCCCACAGUCGGUUUUAUUCCAAGCACAGAAGGAGCUGUUGGAUUACAGUGGCACCGGGAUAAGCAUUCUGGAAAUGAGCCACAGGUCAUCUGAUUUCACCAAGAUCAUAAACGCUGCCGAAAACCUUCUCCGUGAGCUUCUGAAUGUACCUGAAAACUAUAAGAUACUGUUCCUGCAAGGUGGAGGCUCGGGACAGUUCAGCGGGGUUCCUCUCAAUCUGAUUGGUCUGAAAGAGGACAGGUGUGCUGAUUAUCUGGUCACGGGGACGUGGUCUGCAAAGGCGGCCAAAGAGGCAGAGAAGUAUGGGAAAGUGAAUGUGAUCCAUCCAAAACUGGAUAGUUACACCAAAAUCCCAGACAGUAGCACUUGGUCAUUGAAUCCUUCGGCGUCAUACGUCUAUUACUGCUGCAAUGAGACGGUGCAUGGCGUGGAGUUUAACUUCAUCCCAGACACCAAAGGAGUGGUUCUUGUCAGUGAUAUGUCAUCCAACUUCCUCUCAAGGCCGGUAGAUGUGUCAAAGUUUGGUCUGAUAUUUGCUGGCGCACAGAAGAAUGUUGGCUGUGCGGGUGUGACGGUUGUCAUUGUCAGAGAGGAUUUGAUGGGCAAGGCCUUGAAAGAGUGCCCAAUUAUACUGGACUAUCAGGUGCAGGCUGGCAAUAACUCGCUCUACAACACUCCUUCAUGCUUCAGUAUUUACAUCAUGGGCUUGGUUCUGGAGUGGAUCAGGAACAAUGGAGGGGCAGAUGCCAUGAAACAGCUAAACAAACAGAAAUCUGACAUCGUCUAUGACAUCAUCAACCGCUCCAAUGGAUUCUACUCAUGCCCCGUUGACGUGGCGUGUCGGAGCCGCAUGAACAUUCCAUUCCGUAUCGGAAAGAAGGAAGGAGAUGAAAGUCUUGAGAAGUCAUUCCUGGAUGGUGCCGCUAAACGUGGCAUGAUCUCACUUAAAGGACACAGGUCUGUUGGUGGCAUCCGAGCUUCCUUGUACAACGCAGUGACUGUUGAAGAUGUGAAGGCUCUUGCUGCCUACAUGGAAGAAUUCCUUAAGGAUCACCAGUAGCUUAAAGGCCCUUUUUGCAACCUGCAUUCAAAAGAGUUUCUUGAUUAUAGCGCCGUUAGACUGAAGUGACACUAACAGCAUUAAUUGCAACAAGUUGUAGCUGAUGAAUGGAAUCUAACAAUUUCUCUUCCAUUUAAAUAGCACAUUGUUGUCAUUGCUGCAAAAUGUUAUUUUCUUUUAAACUGACACUUUUAUUCAGAUUCUAGUGUGCCUUAAUGCUUGUAAAAUUGUAAUUGGAUUGUGUUCCAAAACAUUCCAUGUUUUACUAAUGUAAAUGUAUGUUAUUAGUAAUAAUGUGAUACAAGCAAAAAUAAAAAAUAAAGCACUACUAAACUGCUCUA